AUGGAUCCGCUGGAAGUGACAUUGUUAGUUGACAAGAACCCAUUAAGACUGGAAAUUGAUACCGGAGCGGCGGUGUCAGUUUUGCCAUUGGAACUGUACAACGAGAAGUUUUCGCAUCUACCGAAGCAGGAAAGUAGGGUAGUUCUCAAGAGCUUUACUGGGGAAAAAGUUAGGCCGAUUGGAGAGGUUCAGGUAGAACAAGGAACUGAAGAGUAUAGUCUCAAUUUUCAAGUUAUUGACUUCGAUGGCCCCCCUCUUCUUGGCCGCGAUUGGUUGGAAGUCAUAAAGGUGGACUGGAAGAGUAUUAAAACGCUGAAGGCUUGCAAGGGUCGAGAAGCUAACGUCGAGUGUAUCUUGGAGGAGUUUAAAGACGUUUUUGCGGACGAACUAGGAUGCAUUAGAGAUUUCGAAGCAAAAGUCAGAAUGCACGACGAUGCCGCCCCGUUAUUUCAUAAGGCGAGGCCGGUUCCGUACGCACUUAGAGACGCCGUUGCCGCCGAACUACGGGAAAUGCAAUCUAUGGGGAUCUUAACUUCCGUGGAGACAAGCGAAUACGCUUCGCCGAUCGUGCCGGUACCAAAGAAGAAUGGGAAGAUCAGGGUAUGCGGAGACUACAAAGUGUCCAUAAACAAAGUUAUAGAAGUCGACAGCUACCCGCUACCCAGGAUAGAAGACCUGUUUGCAACGCUGGCAGGUGGGCAACUGUUCACAAAGCUCGAUUUAGCAAAAGCUUACUUGCAAGUCCAGAUGGAAGAACAGUCAAGGAGGUACCUCACCAUAAACACGCAUCUGGGUCUUUUCCAAGUUAACCGGCUUCCUUUCGGCAUUGCGUCCGCGCCAUCGAUAUUUCAAAGAACAAUGGAUCAAAUUCUGCAGGGGAUUCCGUACACGACUUGCUACAUUGACGACAUCCUCGUAACCGGACGGACAAUGAAGGAACACUUAUCAAAUUUGAAAGAGGUGUUAAAGCGUCUGAAAGAUCGUGGCAUACGCCUGCAGAAAGAAAAAUGCGAGCUCUUCAAGGAGGAGGUUUCCUACCUCGGACACAAGAUCAGUGGAGGUGGGCUGACCACACAAGACGAUAAGGUAGCUGCAAUGCGGGACGCGCCAGUUCCAGAGGAUAGGGCUCAACUGCGCUCAUUGCUUGGUCUAGCGAAUUAUUACGGAAGAUUUAUCCUGAACUUGGCAACUGUACUGCAUCCACUAAAUAGGCUGCUUCGCAAGGACAUUCCAUGGAAAUGUCGCAGUCGGUGGCAAGUUUGUCGACUGAUUGUUUCACGUUGCUCGUAUCAUUACAGAUACUGCAAGCCAACUUGA